UCAAACUCAAAAUUUCUGGAAAGAUGAUGAAAUUCUUCUCUUAUUCUUUGCUUCUGGUUCUGAUUUUGAUGCUAACUAUAACCAGCCAAACCACCGUCACCAUCAACAACACCUCCAUUACCACCACCACCUUCUCUCCUAUGUGUGCUGCUGCUGAAUCUACCACAAUAGUGAGUUCAAAAGAAGGAUGUAGUAAUGAAUUAACAGAACUGGCAGUAUGCUUGCCUUAUAUUUCUUCACCACCGAAUAAUCUUACUGAUGAAGUUCCAUCUUCUUGCUGUGAUCGCUAUAUAUCUUCCUAUGGAACUGGUUACGUUACUUGUUUAUGUCAUCUUGUUAGAGAACCUUGUUUGCUUGGAUUUCCUGUUGAUAUCACAAGGAUGUUUGCACUCUCUACGGUUUGUCAUUCUGCUAUUCCGGUGGAUGGAAUCUCUCUCGAAGUUCUAUGUGAGGCUAUUUUGCCGAACUUGCGCCCUCUUGGAAGCACACUUGGAUCAGAGCCGUCAGCAUCGCCAUCAGAAUCCAAUGGGAGUCCAGCAGCAGCAACAACUAUCUUGCCAGCAAACGAAGCACAAACAAAUUCAUCCUUGCCAGCAGAUGAAGCACACACAAAUUCAUCGACACCGUUUCCCACCCAUACUGCCCACAGAAGCUUUGGAAGCAAGUUUUUACCUGAAUUGAAGCCGAAGCACGUUGUUACUUGCAUCGGUGGUUACUCGAUCUUUGUCCUAUGGCAUUUGCUUAGCGAUGGUGAGUAUGUAUUCUCAUGGGUGCACCCAUUGAUGUUUUUGUUUAGCACUUGGGUUGUUUCCCAAUUGUGAUCUGUCGGUACACUUCUUAGGAUCAUGUGUUUUCACCUAUCACCUAGAUUGAUGAUGUCUGGUUUGAGUUCUCGUUGCUGCCUACCUGUUA